CACUCUCGGUAGUCGAAAGUAAAUAUUAAUUAAAAUUAACCGUUCCUACAGCGAAUUAAGUGAAACAUUUAUAUUGAACAAAGAUGUCAAUCGAAAUUGAGUCAGCAGAUGUCAUUCGAUUAAUUCAGCAGUUCUUAAAAGAAAGUAAUUUGUCAAAAACUUUACAAGCCUUGCAGCAAGAAACUGGAAUUUCAUUAAACACUGUAGAUUCUGUUGAGGGAUUUGUUACAGAUAUCGUAAAUGGUCAUUGGGAUAAUGUAUUGAAAGCAAUACAAUCUUUAAAGUUACCAGAUAAAAAAUUAAUCGAUUUGUAUGAACAAAUUGUCAUUGAAUUGAUCGAGUUGAGAGAACUCGGAGCUGCUAGAUCACUUCUUCGACAGACUGAUCCCAUGAUUAUGUUAAAACAAAGAGAACCAGAACGUUACAUUCAACUUGAAAAUCUGUUACAACGCGGAUUCUUUGACACUCGUGAAGCGUAUCCUGAAGGUACAAAUAAAGAAAAAAGGAGACAAGCAAUUGCUCAGUCAUUAUCUGGAGAAGUUUCGGUAGUUCCAUCAUCUCGAUUACUUGCAUUACUUGGACAAGCGUUGAAAUGGCAGCAACAUCAAGGUUUACUUCCUCCUGGGACAACAAUCGAUUUGUUUCGUGGUAAAGCUGCUGUUCGUGAUCAAGAGGAGGAACAAUAUCCAACACAACUUGCAAGACAAAUUAAAUUCGGUGCGAAAUCUCAUGUUGAAGUUGCUCAAUUUUCACCAGAUGGACAAUAUCUUGUCACAGGAAGUGUUGAUGGAUUCAUAGAAGUUUGGAAUUUCACAACAGGAAAGAUAAGAAAAGAUUUAAAGUAUCAAGCGCAAGAUAAUUUCAUGAUGAUGGAACAAGCGGUUUUAGCAAUGGCAUUCUCACGAGAUUCUGAAAUGAUUGCAACUGGAUCACAAGAUGGUCAAAUGAAGGUUUGGAAAAUUCUGACCGGUCAAUGUUUGCGACGGUUUGAAAAGGCUCACAGCAAAGGCAUCACAUGUCUUCAAUUCUCACGUGAUAAUAGUCAAAUCUUAUCAGCAUCUUUUGAUCAUCUCAUUCACUUGCAUGGAUUGAAAUCUGGAAAAAUGUUGAAAGAAUUUCGCGGUCAUACUUCAUUCGUCAAUGAAGUUGCAUUCUCACCAGACGGUCAUCACAUCUUAAGUGCAUCAUCAGAUGGAAGUGUCAAAGUUUGGUCAUUGAAGACAACUGAAUGUAUUUCCACCUUCAAAUCACUUGGUAGCGAUCUAGCUGUCAAUUCCAUCAUGAUUCUUCCCAAAAAUCCCGACAAUUUUGUUGUCUGUAAUCGUUCAAACACCAUCGUUAUCAUGAACAUGCAAGGACAAAUUGUUCGUUCAUUUUCUUCAGGAAAACGUGAAGGAGGAAACUUCAUAACUGCAAUUAUCUCACCACUUGGAGAAUUCAUUUAUUGUGUGGGUGAAGAUAUGGUUCUUUACUGUUUCUCUUGUACUUCUGGAAAAUUGGAGAGAACUUUGAAUGUUCAUGAGAAAGACGUCAUCGGUCUUUGUCAUCAUCCACAUCAAAAUUUGAUUUCAACUUAUGGCGAAGAUGGCUUGCUGAAAAUGUGGAAACCUUAACUUUUUUAAAUUAUGUAUUUUAAGAAAUGAUAAUAAAAAGAAUAAAAAUGAAGUUUUGUCAAACGUAA